AUGGCCGCGUACUGCGACGGCUCGGGGCCCUGCUCGGCCCCGCACGGCCAGGCCCGGGCGGCAGCGCACCCCACGGGCCACGCGCGCGGUGACCUGGGCGCGGCGGGCGUCGGCGCGCGCCUGUGGCUGAACGCGCCCGCUCUCAGCUCCGCGCCCUACGCGCCCGGCCCCGCGCCCGCGCCGCCCUACGCGGCCCCUGGCCCGCUCCUCGGAGCCCCGGGCGGUCUGGCGGGCGCUGACCUCGCGUGGCUGAGCCUCUCGGGCCAGCAGGAGCUGCUGCGGCUGGUGCGGCCGCCCUACUCGUACUCGGCGCUCAUCGCCAUGGCCAUCCAGAGCGCGCCACUGCGGAAACUGACGCUCAGCCAGAUCUACCAGUACGUGGCCGGCAACUUCCCCUUCUACAAGCGCAGCAAGGCGGGCUGGCAGAACUCCAUUCGCCACAACCUGUCGCUCAACGACUGCUUCAAGAAGGUGCCCCGCGACGAGGACGACCCAGGUAAAGGCAAUUACUGGACCCUGGACCCAAACUGCGAGAAGAUGUUCGACAACGGGAACUUCCGGAGGAAGAGGAAGAGGAGAGGGGAGGCGAGCGCGGCCGCCCCCUCGGGCACCCGGAGCCCGGGGGGAGCCCCGGCGCCGGAGCUGGAGCCCCUGGGCGCCGCCUCCCCGGACCCGCCCGCCUCGUCGUCCCCGCCCGCGCCCGAGGCUGCCGCCUGCUUCUCCAGUUUCGCCUCGGCCAUGGGCGCCCUGGCUGGCGGCCUUGGUACCUUUCCCGGGCCCUUGGCGGGCGACUUUUCUUUCGGGAGACCGACCACGGUCGCCGCCCACGGUCCCCAGGCCCCCGGCCCCGCGCCCCGCCCCGCCGCUGGCCAUCAGACGGCGGCCACCAGCUUCCGCGUCGGUCACUUCUUCUACAGUCGGGAAGAGACGGAAGUUUGAAGGGAGGCGGGGGAUUGUCUCUGUCCAGAGGCGCCGAGCUCAGGCCGCGGGUUCCCGCCGCGUGAGGGCCCCACGUGUGGCCUCCUCAGCGGUCAGUGCAGCGGAGGGAGGGUCCCGGGGUCCGGCCACAGGGAACAGAGCCAGCCUGUCGUGCACCCCUCACGCAGGCGACCGUACAGAUGGGGCGAGCGGGCGCUCUCUCUGCCCUCUGGCAUUCCAGUUGGCCUGGACCUCAAACCCGCGCUCCCAGGGGGCUCCACCUUUUCCAGGGGGAGCUUGGCCCCCUCCAAAGAGCUUUCUUACUCGUGCUAGUGGAGAUGCCCCGGCCAGACUUUGGCGGAUUUUCUCCUCCUUUCCAGCUUGGACCUGGGACAGUCGGUCCUGGACACGUGGAAGAGGGACUUUCUCAUGGCCGGAUCUGCGCUGAAGGAAGAGGGAGCGCUGCCAGCACAGCAGCCCUGGGGACACCAGCUCCUUCCCCUGCCACUCAGCACCCGCCUCCCUGACCCUGUCCUAAGACCAGGCGCCUCCAGGGACCACCAGACCUGUGUCUAGCAUCCUAGAGUCACAGGAUGGUUUCAGGUUUUCCCCCCACCCAGCCACACCCAAACCCACGAGGGGAGGCGGGCCAGAGAAGCCACUCUGGUUUCCUCUCCCUUCCUGCCCCUCAUUCCUGGUUUUGGGCCCUAGCAGCCUCCCUGCACUGACCAGCUGCCUUCUGGGUGAAUUUAAGCCCCUGCCUCCCUCCGUUUGUAGUUACGCACAAGGUUCUUUGGAGCCAACAGCCACUGGGAGGAGAAAUUUUGGCCUUGGUACCUCCCUGAGUUUCUGGCGGCUGAGGGCCCCGGGGGUCACCGGUGCCUUCUGGAGCUGCAGGAGCUUAGCUGGUGCGCCCACCCUCUCUGCUCUGGGGACUCGGGAGAGGCACCUUCCCUGGGAGAGAGCAGGGAGAGGACACCGUUAACUCGGAGUAGGGCAGAGGAUUUAGCUCAAGCCACUGCCCCCGGUAGGCCGCGCAGGUUUUCCGAGGUGAACUCCAACCCUGACCGCUGGGCCCAGCGCUGUUGCUUCUGCUGCUGCUGGGAAGGAUGGCGGUGCUCUGUGUCAGUUCCUUAGAGCUGGGCCAGCAGUGGUCCUGAUGAACCGCUUGUGUGUUUGAGAGAGAGAGAGAUGGAGAGAGAAAGAUGGAGAGGUUGGGGGCAUGUAUAGGACAAGCCAAGAGUUGGGGUGAAUUUGGAGCCUGGGUUGUGUUUCACUGAACCUUUCUGGGGCAGAAAGUUGCAGACCUCUCGGCAUUGCAUCUCUCUGCUGCCGGCUGCAGGAAGGCCUGCAACGUGCUAGCUCUGUGGUAAUAAUACCACGUUGCCCGGCCAAACUUACACAACCAAGCCAAAAUCUCUUUAGGGGAAACACUCCCAGAACGUAAUACAAUUUAAGAAAAUCCUUACCUUAUGAAAGAAAGAAUAUUAUCUCAGUCCUGCUUAACAAACUAAAAUGCUAAAAAUAAACAUCGACGUACUGUAACUUGAAUGUACAUGCUGUUUCAUACAUUAAAAGACUCCACCACCACUUCCCAACGUUUUCAGUUUAGACUUUGCAUUUGCAAGAAACUUGGAGAAAAAGAAUUUUAUAAAGUAAGUUUGACAGCAUUGGGAAAGUACUAUGUACAAUUUACAAUUAAUGAAGAUUUGAGAAAAUUGGCUGAUAAAUAUGUAUAUGAAAGUGUAUAGUAUGGCUGCAUGACUGCUAGGAAUUGGUACAAAGCUGCCUUUUUUUUUUUUUUUACUUCCAACCAUGUUUUUCUGUUGUUAAAAUAGAGGGAAAAAAGUUUCAAAAUGAUCUUUCAACUUUUAGUUUGUUUGACUAAAAGUCUCUUUUUGAUGUUUAAAAAUGUGUUCAUCCUUUCAAGCUUUCUCCCUUUAGUAGGUAAUGGUAUAAACAAGUAGAUGGAAUGUCCGUGAGAAAUGCAUAGUUUAAAGUAAUUCUAGCAGCGCAGGGUGUUCGGAAACCAGAAUCCAUGCCUCCUCUGUGACAGUGCGUGUGUCUGGAUAUGUUUUCUCAUGGUGGGGUUGGGGGGAGGGGGCCAGAAUGCCUCCAGGGCCCUGGUGCAAUCAGCUUUAGAACCACUUCUCAUUAUCCCAAAGGAAUAUUUUCCCAGCGGAAAGAAACUGCUAAAUUCAAAGUGUUAAAAGCACAAAGCAGCCUGUAAUUGGUUUAUAAUCAAAUAUUUUCUUCUGACCAGGACUCAGUGAAUUUGAUCUUAGUUUCAAAAGCAGGCUGCACAUGGGAGACUGAAGGACCAGCUCCUGUUGGUCAGAUGGAGGAAAUGCCACCAGGAGGCCAGGAGAAUCCUCUCUCUGGGACUUGGAGCCCCAUCGCGGAGCCCAGGCCUUGUCUUCACCUCUGUCUCUUUGGUCUCUGAAAUAGCGAAAUACUGUCCCUUUUGCGUGUCAAGGGUGGGUGCUGUAAUCUCUGGCUUUUUUCUUGAACAUUCCAAGUUGUUUUAAAACUAACUGUAAGCCUUUACAAAAGGAGUGCCCUGGUAUGACGUUACAAGCACACAACGGAGUAUCAUUGAAGUUCUCAGUUCUUGGUUUGAAUUAACAUUUCUGGUGGCACUGAAUAGGUUAAUGAUGUGUUUCCAACUUCAGAGGGGAAAGAUCAAACUGCCAGAGUACCAGAUGAUUGGGAAUUCUCUCCACUGCCAAAUGGUAGUGGAAUUUUCAGAUUGAAAAACCAAAGAGCAUAAUAGGAAAAUAAAUUGUAAUGUUACCUCCCCUGGAAACUUACUAAUCAAGGAGUCCCUGUGCAAAGGACAGCCAUUAAUGAUGAAGUCUCAAAAAUUUGUCAUAAGUAUUUGAAGAGUGUGGUAACUAGAGGUUUAAAAAGUGAGUACUGGAUUUCAAGAUAUGAAUUCACAUAUUGAUUAAACAUUGAGUGUGUCCAUUUUUAUGAUGAACACAAGGUGCUGCCCUGGGAUGUUCAUGCUCAACUUUUAAACUUUAAUUUCCUAAGUGUAUCCACUAUAAUUAAAUGGCAUUUUUUAUUCAGGUCAAUGGCCAUACAGUGAUUAUUAAAACUUUUCAGUGAAA